AUGGAUGAAACUGAACUCUGCUUUCCCCAAGUCAACACCUCCUGCAGGAAGAUGAGUCGCCCUCACUGGGAGGCCGCACUCAUUUACAGUCUGCUGUCCUUCAUCACUCUGAUCACUGUGUUUCUUAACCUGCUGGUCAUCAUCUCUAUCUCCCACUUCAGGCAGCUACACACCACCAACAACUUCAUCCUCCUGUCUCUGGCUAUUGCAGACAUCAUUGUGGGUUGCCUGCCAAUGCCAGCUGAAAUCUUCAUCUAUCGAGGUUGUUGGACUCUGGGUGACUUAAUGUGUGUUGUGUAUUACUUUUCAGCUUUCCUCUCUGUCAGUGCUUCAAUAGGAAAUGUGGUUCUCAUAUCAAUUGACCGCUACAUUGCUAUUUGUGACCCCAUGUUUUAUUCCACCAAAGUCACUCUGAAAAGAGUUCAACUCUGCAUUUGUCUAUCUUGGAUAUCUUCUCUUAUUAACAGCAUUUGGAUGCAGAGGGAUUUCUUGAAACAGCCAGGCAGGUAUAAUUCCUGUUAUGGAGAGUGUGUACUUGUAGUUAAUUAUAUUGAAGGAGCUGUUGACCUUGUUGUGGCCUUUGUGAGCCCUGUUCUUGUCAUCGUAGUUUUGUAUAUGAGAGUGUUUGUGGUAGUCCUGUCUCAGGCUCGUACCAUGCGCUCCAAAACUGCAGCUGAUACACUUCAGCGUUCAAAGCCAAUAACUGCCAAGAAAUCUGAGAUGAAAGCAGCCAGGACUCUUGGUGUUGUUAUUGUUGUUUUUAUUGUGUGCUCCUGUCCAUAUUAUUGUUUAACAGUUGCAGCUGAAAACAACUUUUUAGGGGUGUCAUCUGGAACCAUUGAACUUUGGCUGUUGUAUUUUAAUUCCUGUCUAAACCCUGUGAUCUAUGUCUUUUUCUACCCCUGGUUCAGGAAAGCUAUUAAACACAUUGUAACACUUCAGAUACUGAAGACUGGCUCCUCUGAGGCUAACAUAGUGUAG